GAGGAGGAAGAGGAGGGUGUUCACAAAUUACAUGCAGACUUUCUGCAUCAAGUGUCAAACUUGCGAGAGGAAUUUCUCUCUUCCCUCAGAGUGUUCUCUCAGCCUGGUGAACUUCUUCACCCUAAUGGACCCAGAGAGAAGUGAGUGACUAGCGGAGGUGCAGAAUCUUUUCAGGGGGGAACAGGACACAUGGAAUAUGGCUCACACUGUGAAAACCCCACUGCGGAGGUCCUUCAGUGAGCAUGUGAAAGUCUCCACCAACAAGGCUUGGGAUGUAUUCUGGAAGAGUGCGAGGGAGAAAAGGCUUUGCGAGAUCGAAGCGAAGGAGGCUUGCGAUUGGCUGAAAGCAGCCGGCUUUCCCCAGUACGUGCAAUUAUACAAAGAUUGCAGGUUCCCCAUUGAUAUAGACUGGGUAAAGAGUGAUCACAGUUUUCUGGAUAAGGAUGCACUUGAUUCACUCUGCAGGAGAUUAAACACUUUAAACAAAUGUGUGGAGCUGAGGCUGGAGCUGGGCAGAUCAAAGAGACGGUUGGAGGAGUCAGAGGAUGAGGAGCCCUGUGCCAUCAGUGCCAAAUGGGCCUACGAGAGGCAGACAAGGCGCUGGCGUCGACUAGAGGGGAUGGGCUUACUGUGUUUACCGGACAGCCAUGAUAUGUCCCCGUGUGAAUCCAACGACCGUCAUGAGGUCUGCUCCCUCCACAGCACCAGCAGCACUGAGAGUGAGGGCCGCAAGACUGCCACUGAUGACCAAGAGACCAGCAGGAGCUCGUCUCGCUGCUCCUCCACCAACAAGACCAUGUCCCUGGACACGUCGUUCAGCGGGCCCCCCUCCCCAGGGGGUGAGAUGCUCGGCUUCAGCAGUGCUGAGGAGCGCUUCCCGGACAAGCCCCCCAGGAAGAAGGGCCCCAGUCUGCUGAGGAAGAUGGAGAAGCUGCGUCUGAGGAGCACAACCACCCUCCGCUCCCCAGGCCACAGUGGCCACAGCAGAACCAGGCUGGUCAUCUCUGGCCCCGUACUCCAGGUGGGUUUGGAUGUCGAGCACAGGCUGAGACGGCUGCAGUGCCUGGACAUCUCCACCCUGCAGGACAGGGAUAGGGACCGGCCGGGCAGCCAGGCCUCCUCCUCACCAUCCUCCCCCCACUCAGGCAGAAGCAGCCGCAGCACAUCAGAGAGCAGCAGUACUGUCAGCACCCCAAGCCCCAUCACCAGGGUACGCAGCAACUGCAAACGAACCGGCGGGGUCCAAGAACAGCACCAGGAAGGUCUCCACAGCGGCCCGGUCCGAGAGCUCCAAGACUACAAGGACGAGAGGAAUAACCACGAGAGCCUGGUCUUCCAGAUUCCCCAGGGACACAAGCCAGGAACCUUCCCCGCUGCCCUCACUCACAACAAUGUCCUGUUGCCCAUAGACAACACUUCCGUCAACUGGAGAACUGGGAGCUUCCACGGGUACCGUGGGCGACGGAGCAGGGGGAGCGCAGCGGCCAGGGACCAGGAUUCCCCCUGCUGCAGCCCCCCAGCCUCAUUGGACCACCGGGCCAGUAUCUAUGACAAUGUGCCGACAGGCCAGGUGAUUGGCCAAGAGGUGGAGCAUCACAGGGCGGCGGAGACGGAGGAGAUCAGCGAAAACAAUGACGUGUUCUCUGCGCUGGACAGUGUGAUGGAGCGUAUCAGCGGCCUGCAGCAACUCGUCAACACCUGGACGGACAAACUGUCAGAUGACUCUGACUCUGACUCUAACCGCGGCUCCACCCCCUCUCCCUGCCCCUCCUCCUCCAACCACAUCCACCUGGAGAUCAAGGAGGCUGAGGAGCUGGGGCCGGUAGCCGUGGAGGGGGAGGGAGAUGAGGACAGGGAGAGCCUAGAAAAAGAAUCUGUGGAUGGAGAUGGCACAGAGGUUCAGUCACUACUUCGCAAUAUCAGACGGAGCCAGCACCACUGGUCAAGCGAGCAGAGCCUUCCCUCAGUGACUGCCAGCAGCCCAGGGGUCGAGGCCCAGCCUGUCUCUCACCUCCACCUGCUGCGGAAGCUCUCCCUACUUAAACUCACCGCUCUCAUGGACAAGUACUCCCCCUUCAGCAAGCAGGGCUGGAACUGGACGUUCCCCAAGCCCCCGCGGAAGGCCAAGGCUCAAGAGCUGAAGGGCAGGAGGGUGUUUGGUGUAUCCCUCCUCCACAGUAUGCAGCAGACAGGGGAACCUCUACCCCCCAGCAUCCUCAAGGCUCUAUUCUAUCUGAGGACAGAGUGUCUCGAUCAGGUGGGUCUGUUCCGUAAGUCGGGGGUGAAGUCUCGUAUCCAGUACCUGCGUGACAUGGUGGAGGCAGACCCAGAGGGUGCGUCUUACGAGGGCCAAUCAGCAUUCGAUGUGGCUGAUAUGGUGAAACAGUAUUUCAGAGAUCUACCAGAACCUGUGUUCUCCAGCAAACUCUGCGAGUCCUUCCUGCAUAUCUACCAAUAUUUCCCCAAAGACCAGCAGUUCUGUGCGGCCCAGGCGGCCAUCUUCCUCCUGCCAGAUGAGCACAGGGAGGCCCUGCAGACACUCCUCCUCUUCCUCCGAGAUGUUGUGGGCUGUGUGGACGAGAACCAGAUGACCCCCACCAACAUUGCUGUGUGCCUUGCCCCCUCUCUCUUCCACCUCAACACUCUGAAGAGAGAGGGCAACCCAGCCAGGUCAAGCCACAGGAAGUACAGCCUGGGUAGGCCUGACCAAAGGGACCUGAGUGAGAACCUGGCCGCUACACAGGGCCUUGCCCACAUGGUGACAGAGUCCCUACGCCUCCUUCAGCUUCCAGAGUUCUGGCCAGACCAGAGUGUGUGCAGCCCCAGUGAGGAGGCUCUCUGGGCGGAUGGGGGUCGGAGUUCGCCCUCUCAGGGUGGGGAGGAGGAGCAGGAUGAGAGGGCCAGACUGGACCAGACCACCCAGCACCUGCUGAGAGAGGCCAGGGAGAAAAGCCAAGGCUGGGAGUUGUGCUCUGGACCAGACCAAGUGGACCUGGCCAUUAAGAAGGUGGAUGACGGCUGGCCGCUUCGGUUGUGGAAGGGCUCCAUUGAGGUGGAUGCCCCCCAGAAAGAGGCCCUCCAGCGGGUCCUGAGGGAGCAGGAUCUUUGGGAGAAGACCCUCAAACAGUCAGCAGUAGUCCAGACCCUGACAAAGGACACUGAGAUCUAUCGCUACCUCCUGCAGGGCCUGGGACCCCGACCGCCACAGGAGCACCUCCUGCUCAGGACCUGGCAGUCAGACCCGUCGGCCGGACCUGUUUAUGUGUCAGCUAUGUCUACAGAGCACCCUGAGGCCCCCAUGGAGGGGGUGCGAGCCCAGGUCCUCUCUUGUCUCUAUUUGGUAGAACCCCUAGGGACCAAGAGGUCCCGACUCACACACCUCUGUCGCACAGAUACCAGGGGCCGAUCCAAGGAAUGGCACAACAGAGUGAGUGGACACCUACUGGCCUCCAACCUUCUGGCUAUCAGAGACUCAUUCAGACCAGACCACAGUGAGACCAAGAUCUAAGUAAUAGCUCCGAGACAGAACCCAGUCCUCAUCUACCCCGAGAGGAGGACAGAUGAGGAGAGAACAACACAAACAGACAGAAGCCUGCAGGCAUACAGCUGUAACAGAGAGGACUGAAGGAGGGGGUGGAAGGCAGGAGGGGGAGCUGAGAAGUCGUCUUAAACCCAAGACCUGAUAUGAAUUCCAGAAACAUAUAUAUUUUUUUAUGGAGACAAUUGCCCCUCCGGACUCGCAGCAGGGGUUGUCUGAUGAAGUGUUCAGGUGGAGGCGGCUGAGCUUUUCAUUAUCAAGAGUUAUGUGGGAGCCUGCCACCAUGAUGGAACAUAUCAUCCCAUUUGAGUGACUGUUUCAGGCCUAAUGCAUGGCAGGGGGGCCUCCGACAGAGCGCUGCCAGACACCACAGGUUUUAAGAGUUAAUAACAGGGCCUGUGUAACAGUUCAGAUAUACCAAGAGCAGAUCUACCUCUUCGGAGAGAAAAGCCUCGGUUGCAUCACGCUUUGAAGCGGGACAAAGUUAAGGAUUCAGGAAAGCUUCCUCUUGCAGUUGUGAAUUGGGAAGAUUCUCAUGUACAUUUGUGCCAUUGUGGCAGAUAUUCUGCGAGGCACGUUGCCGUCCUCAAAAUUGUACUCUGUAUUUAUUAUUUUACUGUCAAAGGGAUUGUCUAAUUACUUCAUUUUAGUUGUAUGUGUGUAUUUGACUUGACACUUGUGUUUGGUAAUGUUGUAAACUUCAAAAUGUAUCACAGUAUACUCACUAAAAGGGUCAGUUACACUAUGUUUAUAGAUGUACAUAUUCAUGAAUGUGUAAUUACAUUUUAUUAUUGACUUUUAUUAUUCCUCAAAAUUAUUGAACAAAAUAUUUGUAUUCAGAAAUAUUCAAACCAAUAUUGGUUUUCAAGCUUUAGGAAAACUGCAGCAUACCCUUUUUGUAAUACAUGUGUUGAAUCAAAAUGACAAUGUAAAAUGUUGAUUUCUCUAGUCUUCUUGCUUUGUGUGUGUGUGUUGUGAUAGUCUGCUUGAAUCCCAGCCAGCCAGUCACACUGAUUGUUUUCUCUGAAGACCCUGAAAUAGCUAACAGCCAGAGGAAGAUGACGUCACUCAGUGCUUUUAUCACUCAGAAGAUUUACAGGUCUGGGCUUAUGAUGUUUAUUUCCAAAGACAAAAAUUCUCUUCCUCCCUGUUAUAAUAUGCUUAGGAAAUGAUUUACGCUGUCAAACUGCCCACUCGUGCCAUAUUUGCAUAAUGACAUUUGCAUAUCUUAUUGAUUAAUCUCCUUGAUCACAUUAUUGAAUCCCCUUUAAGCACCUAGUACUGAGGCAUUCUCCUAAGAUCAUGAAUAUGCUGAAUAACUGCAUGUGAAGGAGAAGUCAAAAUACCUCAUGGUUAGGCUGGAUAUAAAAGGGGAUUUUGUUGAAUUUCUAUAACAGUCUUUUAGAAUAGAAACGUAUAACUUAUAACAGGGCUAGUGCCUGUGGCGAAGAUUUCAGAUUGGGUUUGGGUAACGCCAUCCCAUAUGGUUGAGCAAUCCGGAAGUGUGACAACUUGAUUCUGGUUGCGUUUACAUGUUCAGCCCAAUUCUGAACUUUUUUUUCACAAAUUGGUAUUUCGACCAUUCAGAUGAGCUCUGAUGUGAAAAGAUCUGAUGUGAUUAGUCAAAGGAUCAAUUAGUGGAUUUUUUUUAAAGAUUGGGCUGUCUUUGUAACUCAAAAGGUCAAGAUGGUAUCAAAGAGGCCAGAAAUAUUACUCCACAGACCCUUGACACCAAACCUCUCCUCCAAUCACCUAACACUAGGCAGCCUAGUAGUAUAGCACAAAAUACCUGGCUGUGACUACACUCCAUGGAAAUUGAAGUAAACAUUUGAGGAAAAACCCCAUUCAUUUUGUGCAGUGCAGUCCACUGCCUGGCUGAACCAGGGGCAGAAUAAGAUGAAACCAUAGAGUACUGCUGAGGGAUCUCUAUUCCACUGUGAGUAAAUCCUACUGCAGGUGUUAUUGAAGUUUGGUGCCAAAACAACAUGGUAAACCAUUUUCCUCCUGAAGCCUUUGUCAAAACACCUUCAGCACAUUGUCCUUCAACCGGAGACAUACGCACCAAAGUACCCAUUUUGUGGAAUAUUGAUACAUUUUUAAUAAAGGCACUGGGAAUCACUGUUCCAGUAGGUAUUGAAGACUAGCUAUAAAGUCAUGCAGUGGAAUGAUAAAAGAUUCAUAUAAGUAUGGAUAUUUCAUACAUUCUGGUGACGGUUCAUACACAAACUCUUAUCACAGUUUAUGAGCUCAACUCAAGUUUAGAGAGGUGAUUUAUAUUGCUCAUGGCAUCCUUUACAGCAUAAUACUAGUCUGUAUCCAUCUACAACAGUGCAUAACUUUCCCAUGGGAAAACACAGCCUUACAAUUAAAGUCUUGGCUGCCUCUGAGUGUGAGAUUAUCAUUUGUCAAUAAAUUAGUGAUUUAGUGCACCUGCUAACACACAACACUUAGUUGCUAUGACAGAGAAUACCAUGUUGGUUUUGAGGAUUAAUUAGGCUAGUCCAACUUCAUUUGAGAGGCUAAUGAGUAUAAUUUGAGGCCAUGGAUCUAAUAGGUGAGCAACCACAUGCUGUGGUACUCAGUAAAGCCCUGGCAAGGGGCAAAAGUCUUCACACAGAAAUGGCUGAAGUGGAAAGCCAUGGUGGACACCCUUUGCUCCAAUGGACCCAAGAGGUCCAACUAAGUAAAGCCAGUUAAGUCACAAGCUGUGUGAAGUCACUGAUGCACCUUGUUCAUUGAACCUGCACAGAAAAUAUAUAGUAUUUAACUAACAAAGGAGCCCCUCCAACCAUGACAGGAUAUUUGGCAUUGAGACAAAGACAAACCGAUUAGUCUUCUUGUUAUUUCUCCUUCCCCUUGUUAUCAUGUGUAAUUUAGAACUUAAGUCAAGUCUAAUCAAUAUCUGGUCAGUCCACAGCUACCUGUGCAAUGAGUAAAUAAUAAGCAAUUGUCCAUUUAGCUGGAAAAAUCAAUUCCAUUAAUCACACAGCUGAUUAUCAGGAUGGGACAAGGCAUUCAUCAUUACUGUUCAUUUAACCUUGGCGUGCAGGUAAAUAGCCAGGGUGAGGAUCUUCUACCACUGUCACUUGGGAGAACAACUGUUGUCCCCAAGUCUCUCUGUUGCUGACUCACGCUUUAAGGCAAACUGUGCCUAGCCAAGCCAAGCUGUACAUGGUACACAUCCACCAUAGUUGCUGGAACCACGCUGAAAAGGACAAAGUAAAAAAAA